ACGAGAAUUUCCAGGACCGACAGCACGGGGUCGGUACCGGAGGUUUAAUAUGGAAUCCAUGUCCGAUGAAUACGAUGAAGAAGAUGGGAGAAACUGAAGAAGGCAGACAUUUCUACGACAGAAAAGACCUCAUAAACACACUCCGGCGCUGUUAGCAAGCAAACCCAACCCUCCCUCUCGUCAUCUCCAAAUAUCUCUCGAUCUCGAUCUCUGCUUCAGGCAUAUCUCCUCAUCCACCAUGGAAACCGCUGCACUUCUCCGCUCAUUUCACUGUUUCCAGACAGGAUAGUUGCACUCGAAGAAAAAUAGGCUCUAUCUUAAUACACUGACAAACAGUAUGGUUUCCCAACCUACCACAUCUUCCCCUGCUCAAGAGGACAUCAAAAGGAGUCACCCUUUGGUGAAAAUGUGUGGUAUUACAUCGGCUAAAGAUGCUGCAAUGGCUGCAGAGGCUGGUGCUAGUCUCAUCGAUAUGAUCAUUUGGCCCAAAUCAAAACGUUCUCUCUUUCGGUGGCUAAAGAAAUCUCAAAAGUUGCAAGAGAGUAUGGUGCGGAACCCGUUGGGGUGUUUGUGGAUGAUGGCACAGACACAAUAUGAAGAGCUUCUGAUGCCUCAAAUCUUGAGCUUGUGCAGCGGUAAGGGAUUCAAUUGGGAGAAGUUUAAAUUACCAUCAAUAAAAAGCAAGCACGGAUGGCUUUUAGCUGGAGGGAUCAAUUGUGAAAAUGUUCGUGAGGCCAUUGCAACUCUUAGAUCCCAUGGAGUUGACGUGAGCAGUGGCAUCUAUGCCUCUGAUGGGGUCCAAAAGGAUCCAUUUAAAAUAUCUUCCUUCAUGAAUAUGUUGAACUCAGUGUCCAUUAUCGAUUAUCGGCAAAAUGAUUGAAAGCAACCUGAUUUUAUUUUUAUAUAAUUAUUAUUAUUUUUAAAAUUAUAAGUAUGAGCAAAAUUUGGAUAGUGUCAUGUAUUAUUUGUUAUGUCUAUGUAAACAUCAUCAACAAU